CUUCCGCUUCCCCGUGUCCUUGCAACCAUGCCUGAGAUGAGCAAAGAGACUAAGCAGCGCUUGCAAAAGGUUUUCAAAUGCGGACAGUUCACCAUCCGCUGGGGAUUUAUCCCCCUCGUCCUGUAUUUAGGGUUUAAAAGAGGAGCAGAGCCUGGUAUGCCUGAGCCGAACAUUCUUAGGUAA